GAUGCAAUCUGAGGAAAAACAAAAGAAGAGCAAUCUGAAAGAAGAACCACAGCAGCAUGUGGAAGGAAUAAAACAAAAAGCCGCCUGCUCGUAGAACGUGACGGGACACGUGGCGCUCCACUACUGCGUCCCGAAGGAACGGAUCUUACACCCCUUUCAUCCUUCUUGUCCCCCUGAUGAAGGAUGUUUAAGGAUUGAAAUCUGGGAUUAUUAAAGUGUACGCGAUUAUUAUAAAUCUAUAGGCAGAGGGACACACCAUCAUCUUCUAUUUAUUGCCGUGCAAAAUGAGGUGAGCUGGGCAGUGAUGACCUGGUGUAAGAUUCCCAAAAAGCAGCUUUUGCAGCUGCACAUCCAACACACAUCAAUCCACCAUUUAUAACCACGGGUAAUGACCAGACACAGAACCAACCCUGGAGAUGCCGAAGAGAAGAGACAUUCUUGCCAUCGUGUUGAUCGUGUUACCAUGGACUCUGCUCAUCACUGUGUGGCACCAGAAUGCUAUCGCCCCCCUGCUCGCCAUUCGAAAGGCUUGUCACCAUCUAGUUAAAGAGAUCUUUAUCAUACCAGAGAGGCUAAUGGUCCAGCGCCACCGCCUGUCAGAUGAUGGAACAGGUGACAGCAGACGCGAUUCAGUAAACCAGGCCAGCGACUCUAAAGAGUUCUGCUCCUCUGAUAAGGACAUAGUGGAGGUGGUGCGCACCGAGUAUGUCUACACGCGGCCGCCGCCAUGGUCCGACUCUCUUCCCACCAUCCACGUCAUUACUCCCACCUACAGCCGGCCAGUGCAGAAAGCUGAGCUCACUCGCCUUGCUAACACGUUCUUGCACGUUCCCAACCUUCACUGGAUCCUGGUGGAAGACUCGCAGAGGAGGACGCCGCUGGUCACACGCCUGCUGAGGGAGACGGGUCUCAACUACACGCACCUGAACGUAGAGACUCCACGCAACUAUAAGCUGCGGGGCGACACGCGAGACCCCAGGAUCCCACGAGGAACCAUGCAGAGGAACCUGGCUCUACGGUGGCUCAGGGAGACCUUUAGCCCCAACAGCACUCAGCCAGGCAUUGUCUACUUUGCAGAUGAUGAUAACACUUACAGCCUGGAGCUGUUUGAAGAGAUGCGCUCCACCAGGAAGGUGUCCGUCUGGCCCGUAGCGUUCGUCGGAGGUCUGCGCUACGAGUCUCCGAAGGUCAACGCCGCCGGCAAAGUGUACGGAUGGAAAACGGUGUUUGACCCCCAUCGACCUUUCGCUAUCGACAUGGCGGGUUUCGCCAUCAACCUACGGCUUAUCCUGUUCAAGCCACAAGCUUACUUUAAACUGCGGGGGGUGAAGGGGGGCUACCAGGAGAGCAGCCUACUCCGUGAACUCGUCACGCUCAAUGACCUUGAACCGAAAGCUGCUAAUUGCACUAAGAUUCUUGUGUGGCACACAAGGACGGAGAAACCUGUCCUGGUGAAUGAAGGCAAGAAAGGCUUUACAGAUCCAAAUGUGGAGAUCUAAUCUUCUCUUCAACACUGGCACUUGUCUACAUCAAGAUCCUACAGGAACAAGGACGUAGCACUGCAGAACGCAACAUUCAGACGUCUCGUUCCUGUAAACUAAAGCUAAACACACUGUACUAAAAUUGUACCUUUUAAAGCACAGCUUGAAUAAACAAGGCAAUAUUUCUCACUAUUUUGUAACAAAAGACAUCAGAAGCAGAUGAUUGUCUCAAAAGACUGAAAGGGACUGAAACAGUGGAACAUCUGUGAGAUCCUCAAUCAUCUGCUUACAGGAAAGAGCACAGAACAAAAACAGAAAUUAAAUACACAUUGAGGUGAUGGUUACCGACUCUUCCCAGCAUGCAGUGGUGUCAGGAGUUUAUUAAGUGAAAGGAAAAUAAAGAAAGUCAAGUAAAAGCGGACUGGAGUAACGGCUGGAGGAUGGACAGAAGUAUCCAUUGACGUCUAAAUCUGGUAGAACUUUAAAUGAAUCAUUUCACUUGAUGAACACUUCAGAGAUGCUCUCAUCCAUAGAAGGGAAUGUCUUCUUUUUUACUUAAUACAUAAUGUCUGAUUUUCAUUUA